AUGAGUGCGCCCAGACUCUCGCCCCAGGCGCAGCGAUGGCGCGUCGUCAUGUUCACGUUCCCCAUCAUUGGCAUCACCAGCUGGAUGCUUUACAGACGCACGGUGCUCGGGGAGAAACGUCGGGAGCUGCCGUCGCAGUCGGAGGUGGAGGAGCAUGGGAAGGAGAAGGUCGUCGGGUUGUUCACCGCGGGGUCGAAGCCUGAUGGAGGCGCGCCGUCGUGA